AGUCACUGCACGGUCACACACGGCCACUCUGAGUCUGAGGUGUUCAGGGAAAAAGAAAAGAAAAGAAAAGCACAAAGAAGCGAACGCCGCUUCAGUGCUCGCCGAUAAAAGGGGGGACGCCUCGGGAGAGCUCGACGACACUGCACACCACUCCCCCUACUGAGCUGUCCCCAUUUUGCUCUAGAAGCUCCCCCAGGGUUCAGGCUAGCUUCAGAGAACCGGAGAGCUCGAGCUCUUUGCUGCCAUGGCGGUUCCGUUGCUGCUCCUCCUGCUGCUGACCAUGUUCACAGGCUCAGAGGGGGCGUUCUGCGUGUGCAAGCCCGGCGUGGCCGACGCGAUGAUGCAGAAGGCGAUCGACUACGCCUGCAGCAAAGGCGCCGACUGCGCCUCGACCAUGCAGAACGGGCCGUGCUACGGCAACGGCAACAAGCUGGCGGUCUGCUCCUACAUAACCAACAGCUACUUCCAGCUCAAUGCCCCCAAAGGCGGCACCUGCGACUUCGGCGGCGUCGCCACCCUUACCACCACCGACCCCAGCUCCGGCAGCUGCAAGUUCGCCUCCGGCCCGAGCGGCGUAGGCACCGGCACGGGCACCGGCGGGACAGGCGCCGGCACCGGGACAGGAGCAGGCACCGGCACCGGCACCGGUACAGGGACGAGCACUGGAGCAGGUACGGGCAUGGGUCCAGGGACAGGAGGAACCAGCACGGGCACCGGCAUGGGGAUCACAACCCCUGGAAGCACCCUGAGCCCACCGUUCGGCGGCGCCUACGGCCCGUCGGGCAGCAGCACGGGCCCAGACUACAACGAGGCCGCGCCGGCGCUCGUCGCCGGGCGCCAAGCCCUUGCCGCCGCGCUCCUGGCCACCGCCGCGCCUCUCCUUUUCCGCUUCGCCUAAUCAUAAAAGCAGGCGCCGCAUGCUGUCCACGGUUGGCUGCGCGCGGCGCAAAGGGGCAGCGGAUUCGGCGGGGCACGUCUGCCGCCGCUUUUGGUCGUUGUCCCGCUCGCCUUUCCGGCCUCUGCCGGCUGGGUUUUGAUCGAUCAGUGUAGUAGUAGCAGCCUGUGCUAUUAUUAUUGAACUGACCUCCUCCGUCCUCGUGCCGGUGGCCGCCAUGUGGUGUUGUACGAGUAGAGCUCUAGGGAUUCUUUUGUAGCUGUGGUGUUUCAGGACAUACGUGUCGUUGUGUUUCCAGUGUCUUUUGUUUGUUGCUAUGCCCUGUUAGGCUCGUGUUGGUGGUGGCCACCUUCCAUCCUGCCGUGCAUUGAGCUCUUUUGGUAGUUA